AGUUAUGACGUCAAAACGUGGCGCGCUGCGAAAUACCACCGUGUUGUUGUUGGGCAGUUGUUUUAAUUCAUGAAAAAGUCAUAAAAGACAGUAAAAUGUGGAUACUCACACCCCUGCAAACUGGAGGGGAGACCCACUACCUUCGCCCUGAUAAAGGGUAUGUGGUCGGCCGCAAAAACUGUGACAUCAUUCUCCAGAGCGACCAGUCCAUCAGCAGGGCUCACGCUCACCUCACGGCUUCUGACGAGACACUCACUCUAAAAGACACCUCCAAGUACGGUACAUUUGUCAACAACCAGCGUCUAACGGCACCUGUGAACCUGAAGGCAGGAGACACUAUUACAUUUGGGGUUUUUGAAAGCAAAUUCAGUGUGGGUCAUCAGAAGCCAGUGGUGAGUUCAUCGUGUUUGGACAACGAUGGGAAGGCAUCGCUCUCUCAGACCCUGUUGGCUUUGGGUGGAAAGCUGGUCAACAACUGGACUCAGGACUGCACUCACCUGGCCAUGCCUUCGGUUAAAGUCACCAUCAAGACCAUUUCUGCUCUGCUGUGCUGUCGUCCCAUUGUGAAGCCAGAGUUCUUCUCAGAGCUCAACAGAGCCGUCGAGCAAAAAUUACCACCUCCUAAAGCUGAGAGCUUCAUCCCAGAGAUCGAUGAGCCCAGCCUGAGUAAAGAGGACGUGAACGUUGGAUUGCUUCCACUUCGCAAACAGCUUUUCACUGGGAAGACCUUCGUUUUCCUCAGUGCCAAACAGCUGAAGCGGCUGAGUGCACCAGUGAGUUUUGGAGGUGGCAGGAGCCAGCUGCUGGAGGAGGGGUCCCUGCCCCGGGACCUGCUGGAGUCGCCGCAGAGCUGUGUGGUCGAUGUUAUGUCGGGCAACUCACAGUCUCUUCUUCCUCCCUCUGCCACAGAGUGGGCAAACUCUGUGAAGAGCAUCGUUCAAAGAAAGGGCCUACGGGUCAUCACAGAAUCUGAAAUUGGUUUGGCUGCCAUCCUUGCUUCCUGUGACAAGCACUGCAAUCCGUCCAGUCACAUAUCAGACUCAGACAGUGUCCCGAAAAUGAAACCCAGAAUCCCAAGUGCAUCGCUGUCACAGAGCGUGGCUGUGGAUGAGACUGUGUUACCUGCAGCAUCUCAGAACAUCACAGCUUAUGCAGUGAACACAGAACAAUCACAGAGGAAUCCAUAUGCAGUAUGCGAGGUGAGCAGGGUGGCAUCUGUAGAAGAAACUCCAGAGAAGAAGCAGAACCAGAGAGCCGGUCAGCCCCACGGAUCCAAACUCACAGCUAAGAAGGCCGCCAUGCAGUGUAUUGUGGCUGAUACAAUGAGCUCAUCGUGCAACACUGGAGAGAUCAUAGACUCUCAGAGGAAGAAACCUGACUCCACACUAACAGGUUCAGGCAGUGCUCACAUCAGACCCCCAACAUCCACCUCUAGGACCAACAGUGGAAUGAAGGCCCCCUUUUAUAAGCAGUCUCCUCAGAAAUAUAAACCCUCUGCACAGGCUUCCCCACAGAAACAGUCCACUCUGACCAAUUUCUUUCAGGCUGUCAACAAGAAAAGGCCUUUGGAGGACGAGCUCUCCGCCGGCAUGUCAGAGCCGAAGCGUCCCGUGCUGGAAUCAUCCAUCUCGUCUCAAGCACCAAACUCCUCCACCAUGCACAAAGAAAGCCCUUCGCCUGCACUCAGAGGGCCUGCGUCCCACACUCCACACGGGUCAGCAGCGGACUUGUUCACGGCUCAGUCGGAGACUCUCUCAGAGGAACCACGGAGUAGAAAGAGGAAGGAGAUGGAACAAGAGAUACAGAUAGACGAGCUGGAGUCUAUUAUGUCUCUGGAUAUGGACUUCAUGGAUGAAGAUGAUGAUCAAGGCAAGCACCAAGCUCAACCAAAAGCGUUCAGUCCAGCCACACAGAAACAAGGCUUGAAUUCUGAGGAGACUUCGUCCUCAUGCAAGAGGCAACGGGUCCACGUUGAAGAAAAUGGAAAAAGUGUAAAAAGGCCUGAGGAGGUGGGCAUGGCGAAGGAAUCAGGGCCCCCUAAGAAACCACAGCCUGAACAGCAUCGUGCUUCCAUCAAGACGGAGCCGGUUCAUCCCACGGACUACGUGACAAGUUACCACAAGUCUAGUAAACCUCCACAGAAAUCGUCCGCCAGCUCAAGUAAAACCGUAAUGCCUUUCGAAGAGGACGAAGGGUCUUUCAUUGAGGAUGUAGAACUGCUCAGCGCAGAUAUCUGCCAACCUAAAGAAGAACCUAAAACCCCGCUGAGGCCUGUUAUGGUCAAGGAGGAGGUCGGAGAACCAAAGAUCGAUGAAAACCUUCCUAAGAAGCUGUUGUUGGUGGAGUUUCGAUCACUCACCGUGACAGCGCCGCCCAAAGUCGAACCAAAACAGAUGCGAGGAAACGGCUACGGAAACAACUUCAAAUGUUUCCGCAAGAAGAACAUGCUAGUUGCAAAGGGCUCCCCACAAAUUAUCGGAGGACCUGAUCUGCUGGUUCACGCCAGGGGCAAGAACUCCGAUCUGGAUGAAUGGCUGAAAGAUGCUGCGGAGGAGGAGCGUCAGAACAGACGAGACGAGACCAUAGGAGAUGAUCUCUUCAGGUACAACCCCUCCAAACUAACCAAGAGAAGAUGAAAUGCCUUCAUGUGGACAUCUUCCGGAUGGGAAUUCAUUUCAAAUACACAGGAAGUAUAUAUAAAAAGGACUCCAGAAAUAAUUUCAGAAAAAAAUCUGCAUGUUUUUUGUAUUUCACUGAUAUUUGCUUUGUGUUGUUAAUGUUCAUAAACAUAUUCAGAGUCUAAUUAAGCCACUGACAGCAAAAAAUGUGACAAAGCAGUCUAAUGUUCAGAGAUUUUUCUCAAAGUUUUUAUUUGUUAUUAAUAAAAAAUUAUGGCAUACAAAA